AUGGAUCAAGGCCCGCCAAAUCUACUCUCCCCCCCAGAGCUCACGCCUCUCGAGCAGGAGGUGCUCGACGAGUAUGAGCGACUGGCCGAGAACAUGAAGAAGACGCCGUUGGAAGCUGACUUUUUCCCGCUCGGUUUCGGCUGGCCGCAGCUUGCCUCCACGCUCGAGCACCUCGCCUCGAACCCCAGCGCUGAGAUCCUGGACGGCCUGCGGGACCUGGAGCGCAAGACCAGCCUGGCCUUCACGCUGCUCAAGGCCAGCGUCUACAGCAUAGUCUUGCAGCAGGAGAUUGAUUGGGGCGAUGGGGCGCCCGCUGGGCAGUACUGA